UUUCUAUACUUCACAAGCAUUUGUAUGAACUCAAUAUACCUUCCCCACUAUAGUAGAGAAGUUUAUGAAAAAAACAAACAGAUGACGAAUGUGAAUUUGCAUUAAAACAAAAAUAUUAAAAAAGAAAUUAUAAAUUAACAACAAAGCGAAAACGAAAAACCAAAAAAACUAGAAAAAAAUUUUAUAAUUCUUACAAAACUACAUAAUUAAAUGCUAAAAGUUAUAAAUCCAAAGCCGAAAGUUAAAAAAUGCUGUUAUUCUCCUUAUCCCAAACACACAAAUUAAACUACGUGCUACUGGUUCUAGCAAUUACGUUUCUGGGAAACGUAAAAACAGAAACCAGCGAAACACCAAAGAAUCUGACGGUUGUUAAUAAAACACCGGCUAGCACAGUAGCCGAACAAAAAACUGUUAAAAAAGAGCUCAAAAUUAAUAUAACAGACGCGGCCAUUGAACAGAUAACAACGCCCCAGGAACCAGAUGAUCAUACCGAAAAACUGGUCAUUAUAGAUGAGAAAUCGGUUAUAGAAACCUCUGGUAAAGCAUUCGAACAACAGCCGCCGCAACAUCCAGUGGAUGAAGAAUUUACGUUAAAUGAUCCCGAUGAUAUUUCAGAUUCAUUGAAAACUGGUUUCUAUUUCUUUUUAAUCCUAAGCUCGGGAGCUAUUGUAUUUAUAGUAUUUAAAAUUUACAGACUGCGUUUAUCACGAGCUGAACGUAAAUAUGGUGUUCAGGGAGACCGUUCCACCCAGGAGCUAACACCACUACCCAUUUCCAUUGAAGAUGGUCAUAGUGAUGAUGAAGAUCAAACACUUUUUGAGGUGCAACGUCAAAAUAUUAGAAUAUUAUGAGCUUUUUAAGGCUGUUUAUUGUAAAAAACUUUUCUAACGAAAUUUUUAUAAAUUCCUACUAAAACAAAAGAAAAUAUUCAAUAUUUUUGUAAAUGUUGCCUUAAAAAAUUAACAUGCGGUCUCUCUAUAUAUAGAUUGGCACAUGAGGAAACGAUUAUGUUUAAAUGUGCGUUUAUUGUAUAAUAUUUAUAUUUUUUUCUUGUUAAGUUAUAAGUUAUGCAAAUUUUCCUAUAAACAUUUUUCUGUUUUGUUUACAUUGUAACAAUUAUAUAGAAGAAAAGUAAUAAUUUUUUUUCGUUUUUUUUUAUAAUUUUAUGCUUGCCAAAUAUAAAACCCAAGAAUUCUUGUUAUUAAUCUAAACUAAAUAAAUGUUUGUGAUACUAAUAAAA